CUCCACCAUCCACCCCCAGCUUUCUACACUCGACUUCUUGCGGCGAAACAGACGCACCCAACAAUACCAUUUGCAACCUCGAAUCCGCAAGAAGCACAGAGGAACAGCGCCACCAGCGAUGGCGAUGGCGGCACUUCGACGCAGGGGGAGUCAGGCCCUCCUCUCUGCCCCCUCCCAGGUUGCAGCCAUGGCUGCGCGCUACCCGGCCGCCCCCCAGCCGGAGAUUGCUCUGCUUGGUGCACGGUCCGUCUCCACACAAAUUGUAAGGACCCGCAUGAAGAGUGUCAAGAACAUCCAAAAGAUUACAAAAGCAAUGAAGAUGGUUGCAGCAUCAAAGCUUCGAGCUGUUCAAACAAGAACAGAGAAUUCUCGUGGUUUAUGGCAGCCAUUCACAGCUCUUCUCGGGGAUGCACCUAGUGUUGAUGUCAAGAAGAAUGUUAUUGUUGCCAUUACAUCUGACAAGGGUCUCUGUGGUGGUAUCAACUCUACAUCAGUUAAAGUCAGCAAAGCACUUCUGAAGAUGACUUCUGGUCCAGAGAAAGAAACCAAGUAUGUCAUAUUAGGAGAAAAGGGGAAAGUUCAACUCAUUCGUGACUCCAGGAAGCAUAUUGAAAUGACAGUAUCUGAGUUACAGAAGAACCCUAUUAACUAUACACAGGUCGCAGUAUUGGCAGAUGAUAUCUUGAAAAAUGUGGAAUAUGAUGCUAUAAGAGUUGUUUUUAACAAGUUUCAGUCGGUCAUAUCAUUUCAGCCCACAAUGGCCACAAUUCUGUCCCCAGAGAUUAUGGAGAAAGAAUCAGAAUCUGGUGGGAAGGUUGGUGACCUGGACUCAUAUGAAAUUGAAGGAGGUGAAACAAAAUCAGAAAUUCUGCAGAAUCUUACCGAAUUUCAGUUUUCCUGCGUUAUGUAUAAUGCUGUUCUAGAGAAUGGAUGUAGUGAGCUUGGUGCCCGGAUGUCUGCUAUGGACAGCUCGAGCAGAAAUGCUGGUGAAAUGCUUGAUCGUCUUACACUGACAUACAACAGGACACGUCAAGCAUCUAUCACUACAGAGCUCACUGAGAUCAUAUCGGGUGCCUCUGCCCUUGAGGGAUGAUGAUGAAACUUUUGCGCAUCAUCUUUUUCAUUUUCUUGUUCCAACGAAGGCCGCUUAUAAUCUUAGACACCCUUUCAUUUUCCCUAGUGAAUGGACCAUGGUGCUAAGUUACAAUAAUUAGCCUGAUCACUGGACAGUGCUGUGCAUACAUGCUUUCUUGCUACCAACCUUGUUUUGUAUUGUCCAAAGUUCCAGCAUAUGCUGAAGUAUGGGUGGUAAGAUUUGCCUGUCAUGCAUAAGUGAAGCCUGCACAUUGUACUGGUUAUUGUUUCACUACUUGAAUACCUGUGUUGCCAAGACC